UUUCAAAAGUUAGUUUGUGUCGGUAAAAAAUUCAUUAACACAAAUGCAAAAGCUGAUAGAAGAUUAAUUAACUGCCAUUUACAGAUUGAAAAUCCUCCGUUUUUUACUUUGCAGGAUCGGAAAAUAUAGCGUUGUUCUGUCCUGUUUCUAUAUAUUUCCACCUAACCCCAACCACCAACCUCACUUUCUCUCUCUCAUCUCUUUUUCUCUCGCUAGUCUGUAUAGAAAAGGAGUUUAUUUUGCUGACAUUGGUCGCCAGCUUUGAACCUCCAAGCUUCACGCAAUCGACCGACAAUGACGCUCGACACCCUUCCGUUGGCUGCUUCGGAUCUUCAUAUCAUGGAUGGAAGUCGAAGAAAUUCGACACUGAUAUGUGCGCCGGUGAUGGCGGAAUCAGUUGAUCAGAUGCUGGUCCAAAUGGGGAAGGCAAAGGAAGUUGGCGCUGAUCUCGUUGAAAUUCGGGUGGAUUUCUUGAAGAACUUCAAUCCAAGACAAGAUCUCGGCGCGUUGAUUAACCAAAGUCCCUUGCCCACCCUUGUCACUUACAGGCCAUCAUGGGAAGGUGGACAGUAUAAGGGCGACGACAAACAGCGACAAGAUGCACUGCGUGUAGCCAUGGAAUUGGGAGCGGAUUUUAUCGAUGUUGAACUUAAGGUGGCCGAUGAGUUCUACAAUUCCAUUCAAGGGAAGAAGCCGGAAAAGGUCAAAAUCAUUGUUUCGUCACACAACUAUGAGAAAACUCCGUCCUCUGAGGAAAUAGGUGAUCUUGUUGCAAGGAUACAAGCUACGGGAGCUGACAUAGUUAAGAUCGCAACAACUGCCUUAGACAUCACCGACUCUGCACGUGUAUUUCAAGUAUUAGUGCAUUCUCAGGUCCCAAUGAUAGCACUUGUUAUGGGCGAGAAGGGUUUGAUCUCACGCGUUCUUAGUGCAAAGUAUGGUGCAUUCCUCACAUUUGGUACGAUAGAGGCUGGAGUAGUAUCAGCCCCUGGCCAGCCCACCGUAAGAGAUCUAUUGGACUUAUACAAUUUCAGACUUAUAGGAGCCGAUACCAAAGUACAUGGUGUGAUAGGAAAUCCUAUUCGUCACAGCAAUUGCCCUCUUCUUUACAAUGCAGCAUUCAAAUCUAUCAAUUUCAAUGGAAUUUAUCUGCCUUUGUUGGUUGAUAACGUUGCAAAUUUUAUUGAUACCUACAACUCACCGGAUUUCGCUGGAUACAGUUGUACAAUUCCUCACAAGGAGGCAGGAUUGAAGUGCUGCGAUGAAAUUGAUCCACAUGCCAAGGAAAUAGGAGCUAUUAAUUGCAUGAUCAGGAACCCGGCUGAUGGGAGAUUAAAAGGCUACAAUGUUGACUAUCUAGGAGCAACUGCAGCAAUUGAGGAAGGACUGCGAGCGUUGAAUGGUUCAAGUAAUGGAUCUGGUUCCCCGUUAGCUGGUAAAUUAUUCGUGGUCAUGGGAGCUGGUGCUGCUGGAACAGCACUUGCAUAUGGCGGAAAACAAAAGGGAGCAAGAGUGGUAGUUGCCAAUCGCACGUAUGACAAAGCCAAGGCACUUGCAAAUAAAGUUGGAGGAGAAGCUAUUACUCUUGCGGCAUUGGAAACUUUCCAUCCAGAGGAUGGAAUGGUUCUUGCAAACGCCACAUCGGUUGGAAUGGAACCAAGAAUUGAUCAAACACCGUUAUCCAAGAACGCUUUGAAGAACUAUUCUUUAGUGUUUGAUGCCAUUUAUACACCUACAUGGACAAGACUCUUACAAGAAGCACAAGAGUGUGGAGCAGCCGUUGCUUUCGGGACAGAAAUGUUCCUCAAUCAAGCAUUUGUACAGGUUGAAAAGUUCUCUGGUUCACCUGCACCAAAGCAUCUGAUCAGGGAUGUGUUGGCAAGAAAUACAUGAGGAACGUGUCUCAAGUCUCUCGUUCCCGAUCAAUCCUGAACUUUUCCAGCUGUGGUUAAUUCAUUUCGAUUUGGACUUUUUGGCAAGUAGCCAUUCACUUAUCCUGUUGUACCAAUAAAAGUUUCAAUUAUCUCGCC